AUGUAUUCAAUAUUUUAUGACACACAUUAUUUUGAAUACUCUAUCAUAGGCUAUAGCUUUGAUAAUUUCUUAAAUGUGGCAUCGGCUAUUCCUUUUGAAUAAUAGGAAGAUUAAGACUAAUAAAAACAAAUAGGUUAAGAAUCAGAAAACAUUAAAAACAAAGCUUUCCCUUCUUUAGAAGAAGAUUCUGUUAUCCUUACAAAUAAAAAUUUUAAUCAAAACAUUGAUUAUUUACAAAAAUGA